GUCUGUUGUUCUUGUUUCAGAGAUACAAUGUCGUUUCAGCUUCCAAUAUCUAACGGUGUUGCUCAUCUACCGAGGGGGACAGGAAGACACACUGUUGGAUGCAUAGAUGUAUUUACUAAAGAGAUAGAAUCCAAGCUACCCCUGUUGUUUCGUUUGUACUAUCCAACAUCAGAUAAAUCAGAUCCUUCAAGAUGGCCGCUAUGGUUGCCUCACCCUAAAUAUGCAGAAAGCUAUAUUGGAGCUAAAUAUGAACAGUCUCCGUUCUUCAAAUAUAUUCUGGGUAAAAUGUUUUCUUGGUUGUCGUGUAAUCCUGUAGUUCCCGUGAAUGAAGGUGGUAAACCAGAGACUGAAAGGUUUCCCGUUGUAGUUUUCUCUCAUGGACUGUCUGCAUGUAGGACUACAUACUCAUUCCUCUGUACAGAUAUUGCUUCCCAGGGAUAUUAUGUAGCAGCAUUGGAACAUGGUGAUAACAGCGCUAAUAUUAGAAUGAUGUUGACUUCCCCGGAAGCUGAGGUAUCUUGGAGAUCGAUGGAAACACUGCCUAAAGGAGCACCGGAAACAGAACUAAGAGAGAGACAACUAAAAUACAGAACUAGUGAAGUUAGACAGUGCCUGGAUUCUUUGAAAAGCCUAGAUAACGGUUUAAUUGAGGACUUUUUCAUCAAAUACUCAGAGACUCUAAACGACACCCACGAAAGGAUUGGGUUGGAAUCUUUUAAAGGAAAACUCAGCACAGAAAAAUGUUUUCUUCUUUAUUGGCGAUAA